AUGGACGCUUUUGUAAAAAGUUUCUUCCCGGAGUUCGACUCACCGGGGAUGGAAUUCUUGCCGCUCCAAAACAACCACAUUGGAUUUGCAUACGCCCAAUGUCAUCUGAAGGUGUUCGACCAGUUUGUUCCGCGUCUGCGCAACUUCUUCGCUACUCAGCCCAUGACAACUCUGGGCCUAUUUGAAGCCAGCAUCCAUUCGUGUCCCUCCAGUCUAGAUGGUCUUUCCAAGAAUUACUUGACCCCUGGCGGCGGUGCUAUAAACCUUCCGGCGCUGUUUAACCACGGCGGCGCCUCCGGCGGGUUGGGUCAUGGCUACCCAGUUUACGACGACGGUUACUUGCAGGUCGACCGGAAUCAAUGGUGGCCUGAAACUUAUCCGGCUGGAGACGCUUGGUCUGUCAAUGAGUGGCCGUUCAAUUACCAAGAGGAGGCCUCCUCUGACUCCGUUUCCGCCUCACUCCCUGCCUAUGAAAGGCUUACUGAUUUCCCGGCUAAGCCAUACAGUGCCGUCGAUCUUAGAGGCUUGACCAGCGAUGAAGCCCGAUUUGUAUUAUUGAUGACCGGCGAGUGGCGACGCCGGACCCGGGCAAGGUUGGAUUUUGCCUUGCCUAGGCUGAUCGAUAAUUUAUAUUACCGGUCCGAUGUGGCCGUUCCGGUGUUCGCCGCAGAUCACCCUCAGACCCCUGCACCGCCGUCCUGGCAAAUGGCUUGGGCCGCGCUGACUAAAUACGUCACUCUCAACAGGGUAUUCGGGCAUUUCUCAACAGCCCUUUACUUAGUUACCGGAGCGAUGUAUCAGAUGCUGCCGGUAACGGUCGAAGGCCAAAUUUGGCUGUCGUUCAAGUGGAAGAUGUCGCUGCCGGCUUUCGCUUCGGUGCGAGGCAGAUUCACGUGUUUCAACGAGGAGGAAGCUGCAUUUGGAAAUCAAAGGGCUUUUGAUGAGUGGGGAUACAUUUCCAACCGGCUACACAGACGGGAAUGGGGGUUCGAAGUACACGCCGAGGUUUAG